AUGCUAAAGGUUGGUAAUUCUUCUUCUUUUCUUAAAGAUCCAUUUCUUGAGAAUUGUUGUUUUAAAGUGGGCAAUGGCUUUAACACACCGUUUUGGGAAGUUUGUUGGUUAAAUGAUGUUUGUUUAUCAGAGGCUUUUCCAGAACUUUUUGAUAUUUCUUUGUUGAAAAAUGUCUCCGUAGCGGUUAUGGGAGGGUGGUGUGAUGGGGUUUGGAAAUGGGGGGAUUUGGGCAUUUCGGAGGUCGAGGCGGUUGAAGCGGGUUUGUUAGCUAAGCUUUUGUCUUUACGGAAUUUUUUGGAAACUUUUGUGGGUUGUAAUUUGGAGAAGGAUUCGGUGAGUUGGAAUAGUGAGUCGGAUAAGAGAUUUACGGUCUCAUCGUGUUACCGUCGGUAUGCUUUCCGGCGAAUUCCUUUUAGUCCCCUAAAUAGGAAUGAUGAAGUGUUGGAAAAGAUUUGGAGGAUGGAGGUUCCUUUCAAAAUUAAAGCGUUUGCAUGGAGACUUUUUGUGAAUAGGCUACCAACCAAAGACCUUUUGAAAGUUAGAGGUAUUGCUUUUCCUACUUCUAAUUUAAAUUGUGUUUUUUGUGGGUUACAUUUGGAGGAUAGAGACCAUAUUUUCUUCAAAUGUAAUGUAAUUAAACUUAUUUGGAAAGAUAUUGGUGAGUGGGUGGAUUAUUCGGGUUGGAAGGAGGAAGAUUGCAUUCCGCUUUUUAUGGAAUGGUAUGCCAUGAGUCGUUUGAGAAGAAUUAAAGAAGUGUGGAAAAUCAAGUUUUUGAUGUGGAGGUGGUCUUCCAUUGGCGAUAUUACCUAUUCCAAUUGUAACUUUUACGAUUUUUGUAAAGACCUGUUGUCUUUUUUAUCGUAA